CGGUGCCUGGUGCUGCUUUGCUGUUCCGGAUGUAGUGGCGCUGCUUUCAAACCCGAAGCCUACAUCAGCGACUGGAGGGGAGCAAAACGAAACGUCUCCCGUGCACAAAGCAACACGGGAAGAUGUCAGCUCUGCCUAGAAGAGCUAGAACAAUAGCAAAACCAGCCACGCCAGAAGAUGAACUACCUUCCUUUCUUAAAUCAUCCUCGGAAGAGGAGGAGGAGGAGACAUACGAAGAGGAGUGGGAGCCCCGAAAGAAAGCUACAAGUAAAGCCAGGGUCCCAAAACCGAAAGAGCCCAGAGCAAGAAAAGCAGCUGUAACUCAGAAGAAAACUACUGUGCCUCGUAAAAGGACCAAGAAGGUAGUGGUGAAAGAGGAGCCACAAUCUCCUUUACCUGUUGCUGUUUCUGGAGGGAACAAGGAAGGAGUGCAACUUAAGGAAGAGACAAAACCAAGAAGUCGAGCUAAAAAUGCCGCAGUGCCUCCAAUGAAGAAUCUUGGUUUAGGUCAUUCUAUAUGUGGCUUGGAUAACGUUGAAGAACCCUCCACAAGUGCUUUAUCUAAACAAGAAGUGAAGAUGGAAGAGCCUGAAGAAGACUAUGCGUUUGAUGAGCCUCCUUUAAAAAAAAUUAAAUCAUCCAUGCAUCCUCAGGGAAAACCUGUAAAAUAUGAAGUGUGUGCCAAAGCAGAUGAAGACCAGAAAAUGAACUGGAACAUAGUACAGGUCUUGUCACAAAGGACUGGCAUUGAAGAAUGGGUGUGUGCAAACAUAAUCCGUCUUUUCCAAGAUGACAACACUAUUCCUUUCAUUGCCCGGUACCGGAAAGAGCUCAUCAACAAUCUGGAAGCUGAUGCGUUGCGAGAGGUGCAGCAAACAUUGGAGGAACUACAAGCUGUUAUCAAAAAGGUCCAUUCCACAAUACAGAAACUUAAGAAGGAAGCAAAGCUGUCAGAAAACUUAUUAACUGCUUUGCUAAACUGCAAAACCUUGGAGGAGCUGGAUCAUGUGUACGGUCCGUAUAAAACUGGAAGUAAAGGCACCAAGGCUCAGAGGGCCCGACAGUUGGGAUUAGAACAUGCAGCCAACUUGCUCCUUGGAAAUCCUAGAGAGCUGAACCUACUUUCUUAUGUCAAGUCCAAUGUGGGAGGGCUCUCUAAUAUUGAGGAAGUUAAAUCUGGAGUUCAACACAUCUUGGCUGACAUGGUUGCUAAAGAUAAAGAUACGUUGGACUUCAUCAGAGCCUUAUGCCAAAAAAGAUACGUUUGCAUUCAGUCAUCUUUAUCAAAAGCGACCUCCAAAAAUGCCAACGAGAAAGACAUCAACAAAUUUCAUCUAUACCAGAAUUUUUCUUGCAAUAUAAAGAACAUUCAACAUCACCAGAUUCUAGCCAUUAACCGAGGGGAGAAUCUGAAAAUCCUGACAGUGAAGAUCAACAUUCCUGAUGGGGUGAAGAAUGAAUUCUGUAGAUGGUGUGUAAAUGAAAGGUGGAGACCAAAGGCCUAUGCAAAUCCUGAGUUAAUGGAGUUGCUGCGUUAUUCAGUAGAAGACUCAUACAAACGCCUUAUUUAUCCUCUGCUCUGCAGAGAAUUCAGGUCUAAAUUAACUUCAGAUGCAGAGAAGGAAUCUGUUAUGAUGUUUGGGAGGAACCUCCGCCAGUUGCUUCUUAUGAGUCCUGUGAGAGGGCGAACCUUGAUGGGAGUUGAUCCUGGCUACUCACAUGGUUGCAAACUGGCAAUCAUUUCACCAACCAGUCAAAUACUCCAUACAGAUGUUGUUUAUUUACAUUCUGGUAAAGGAUUCCGUGAAGCCGAGAAGAUCAGGAGACUUCUGUUGGAUCACAGCUGCGGCACUAUUGUGAUCGGCAACGGAACAGCUUGCAGGGAAACAGAAGCUUACUUUGCAGACUUAAUUAUGAAGAAAUUCUUUGCACCUUUAGAUGUCACUUACUGCAUUACCAAUGAAGCAGGAGCCUCUAUAUACAGUGUGAGUCCUGAAGCGUGUAAAGAGAUGCCAGAUUUAGACCCUAACUUACGAAGUGCAGUUUCCAUAGCUAGACGUGUACAAGACCCAUUAGCUGAGCUAGUGAAAAUUGAGCCCAAACACAUUGGAGUUGGAAUGUACCAGCAUGACGUGUCACAGACUUUGCUUAAAGCAACCCUGGAUAGUGUGGUGGAGGAGUGUGUCAGCUUUGUAGGAGUUGAUAUUAACAUCUGUUCUGAAAUUUUAUUAAGACACAUUGCAGGACUGAAUGCCACUAGAGCUAAAAAUAUAAUAGAAUGGCGGGAGAAGAAUGGACCGUUUGUCAAUCGAGAACAGCUCAAGGAUGUCAAAGGACUGGGGCCAAAGACCUUUCAGCAGUGUGCUGGCUUCAUCAGGAUUAACCAGGAAUACAUUAAAACUUUUUGCAGUCAACAGGGAGAACUUGUGGCUGGAGGUCAUAAAGCAGUCACAAGUAAAAAACCAGGGAAGAAGAAAAGUAAAGUGGAAGCCAACAUUGUUCAACAGCCAAAUCCUUUGGAUCAAACGUGCAUCCACCCAGAAUCGUAUCAUAUUACACAGAGAUUUUUAGUUCUCAUUGGAGGAAGUGCCAACGAGAUAGGAAAGUUGGAAAUGCAGCAAAAAGUGAAUGCGGUCAUUGAAAGAGAAGGCAUAGAAGGACUAGUGAAGAGCCUGAAUACAGCAGGACACACAGUUCAAAUAAUCAUUGAUGGACUGACUCAACCUGAAGGGUUUGACAUUCGGAAGGACUUUGAAAAGCCUGAUUUCAAGAGGAGCAUCGUCUGUCUUGAAGACCUAAGCGUUGGAACUGUUUUAACAGGAAGAGUCGAGAAUGCUACUCUCUUUGGAGUGUUUGUUGACAUUGGAGUUGGUAGAGCAGGACUGAUUCCAAUUCGGAGCAUAACAGAAGAUAAACUUUCAAAAGUAAAGAAGAGAAGGAGCCUCAGUUUGGGCCCAGGUGAAAAAGUGGAAGUCAAAGUGCGUGAAAUUGACAUCCCACGGUCCAGAAUAACACUGGAUCUUAUACGUGUUUUAUGAGUUGUUUGUUAUCUUUCAUUUUACAGGUUUUCCAUGAGCAGAAUGCUGCAAAAUUUUUACACAUGGUUUGCUUGCAAAUUCCAAGUGUUAAAUCUGAUUAUUCUGAGAUGAUGAGGUCUCAUGAGUUUGGCCAUUUCCCUCUUUUAUUUCUUGCAUUCUAAACACAAGCACUUAAGUCCUAGUUCUCACUGAGGUGGUAUCUGGGCUGUACCACUAAGGACUACAGCUGAAGGCUUACAUGAUGUGCUGUUGUAAAAAGAAAACAAAAAUCUCUCUUCCUAGAAAACAAGUUGUUUGGGAGACCGCAUCUAGCCACCUAAUGGUCUCUUUAGCAUGGUAGGUUUCUAUGUGGAGGGAAAUGUUUUGGAAUUGUAAGUUGUACAACCCAGACACACAUGAACUGGGCAUGUAAAUUCUACCCCUUUCACUGCCAGGAAACCCCUCUCCUCUCUUAGGUAGGAUAUUAUGUUUGUUGUUUUCAGAAAAGACAUGAAUUUCCAUGGAUCAUCUGUCCAUGUAUACAGAAUAAUUUUUUUUCCUUGCUAACUUAAUUUUUUGAAAAACCUGACAGUGGAGGUUAAGUCUAGGAUACAAGGUAUUGUAGUGUAUCAGUCUGAAAAAGAAAGAUUUAGUAACAUACCUUCCUGUAGAUGACUUUUUUCCCAAUGUAUUGAGCUACCUAACAGGAUGCAGUUUUUUUCCAGUUAUAUCAGUUAACAAGACAGAUGUUUUCAUUACUUGAAAAACUUUGGCCAAUGCUUUGUUUUAAAAAAUUUUAUUAAAAAGAGAGAAACUUUG